ACCUGGCAGAUCUAUUCUGCCUGUUGUGUGACAAAUAGGAGUUGCACAUGAUUUUAUAAUUAACUGUUUAACUUCAGCUACAGGAGCCCUCACUUCCAGAUGCAGCAGAAUCUGGGUUUUGGAGGGAGAAUUUAUGAGGAUUUGUAUUAUUUUACUUGGAGAGGGGUUUAUUUGCUCCUCCAAACCCUUGUUAAAGAAUGGGGUUAUUGCGUUUGUCAGGGUUCUGGUAAACCAGCUGAGUUACAAGAGAUGAGAUCUAUUUCUUCAUCUGAUCUGUGUUUCCUACCUGGCUUCAAGGCUGUCCUCUGAACACAAACGCACAUUCAUGGUUGUGAGAGAAGGCACAGAAUAGAUGCCAGAUGGUCUUUCCACAGCUUUGCAGUUCAGUCAAUAGUUGAUCUGAGAAAGAUUAAUAUAUUCCCAUUCUAAAUUUGGCUGGCAUCAGAUGUCCUGUAGAAAUUUCAAGUUGUGUAUAGGAAUGUGCCACAAAAUUGACUGCUGGUUCCUGAGCUCACAGACAUCUCUGCAGAGCUAGCCUGUGAAGAAUGUGGGACUAUUGCAAUAGAUCUGUCUAAUCCCUGUGAGCACUGUGGGAUUAAAGGCAUAGGGGCAGCAUCUCAUCUUGCCCUGGCGAAGGUGAUGAACAUGCUCACAUAUCUCUGCCAGAGCAUCUCUAAUGGCACAAACAAAUACAACUUGAAAACAAUGUGAAUUCACUCUGGCAAUCCCUGCAGAGACACUAGCUUUAGGCUGCUGAGAUCAAACAGCCUGAAGUAUUUGGAAUGUUGGCCACCACAUUUCACACCUGUUGAAACAUUUUGCUGUGUAAUCUGCAGGGAUCAUAAUCAGAAAUAUUAAAUUAUUGAAAAAAACAGAUAUAGGAAAAUAAUUCUUUUAUGUGAAUCAUAAACAAAUGUAAUUCCUUCCAAAUCCUAGCAACUUCUAAAAUCAUUCUCUGAGCAGAAACAUCUGUGUCAUGGAUAAGACUCUAAAUAUAACACAAUCUCUGAUUUUCUUCCUCCCUUACUCUGCUUAGCCUGGUCAACUGUUUCAAGGUUCUGUGCUGAAAUUGCCAGUUCUUAGCCAUAUACUGUAGCCACAAUGGGAUGUUCAGCUGUGGGUGAUCACCUCCAGAAAAGUACUUGAUGUAUUCAAAAAGCAGGGGAGAACACAGGUUUUGGUGGAGGAAGAGUGCAAUUGGUGGUUAUCCUCAGAGCUGAAAGUUUUUUGGAAGAGAAAAUGCAGUGUUCAAUGCGUUGCCUCCACAUUAUCACUACAAUCAAACUAAAAAUAGCAGAAGAAAAAAAUCCAUUUCAAGGCCAAGAAUACUUUGUAUAAUUAGGUUCUGCAGACUUCAUAGUGGGUGUCUGUGUCUCCCUCAUUUCCAUCUCUCCUCAGAACACACUGUGGAGGAUAAUCAGUCCUGCUCCCUUUGUUAUUCAUAUUUUAUUAUCUCUCCUUGAGAUUAAAAUUCACCAUUAUCUACUUAAAGUGUAUAUAUAUGUGGAGGCAGAAAUCUGCUACAUUUGCUGCGUAGGAUAUUUUUGUUGAGGUGCAAGGGCAUUUGAAAUACGUCUGUUGAACAAGGUGCUUGUUCUUUUCUAUUAGUAUUUAAAAUGAGGUCUCUGAUUUUGUGUGUUUGAUUCUAGAUAACUGUUAGGACUUAGUUGUGUAAGCAGUCAAAUUCUUACAUUGCCACAGGACACAUAGAAACUCUCCAUGCUUAUACUGGUAGUUGCUGAUGGCUUUUCUGCUCCUGAACCUGGCAUACUGUGAAAAAACAGGCAUGGAUGACAAUCAUGCAUACUCAUAAAGAGCUUUAACAAUGCAAGAUGUAUGGCUGGACUUAAGAGGAAAUGUAGGAAGCAAAUCCUUAUCAGGACUCCAACUUGAGUGCAAAUGAAGAGCAAUACUUGCCUUCUUUUGAGUGCUGCCUUUCAUUCUUUAUUCAGUUAUGGACCUCUAACAAAUUUCCAGUAGGAAAGCUGGCUCUCCCAUCCAGUAAAUAUUAAUUGUCUGGUAAUAGAAUUCCUUUUCUAAUCCUAAAAUGAUACUCAAGUCCCAAAACUAAAACAGGUGCUGUCAAGCCUCCCAUUGUGAACAGUGUCACAUCUGUCAUUCUUCAGGCUACUGAAGGGAACAGGAAACCUCGUCUGAAACUGGCUGAAGGCUGUUUCAUCUCUCUAAAAGACAUCCCCUACAGGGUGGUCAAAUGAGUGAUCUCGUGGAAGAAAAUGGCAAGAAAAGCUGUUCUUCCCAGGAAACAUCUGCAGAAAAAAACGUGUCUCCAGCUGAGUACUGCUCAACAAGACACAAAAAAUUGCAAAAACUCGAGAAACAAUUAAAAUUCUUAGCCUUUCAAAAUCCAGGACCUCAGGUAGCUGACUUCAAUCCUGAAACUAGACAGCAGAAAAAGAAAGCAUACAUGUCACAGAUGAAACAAAAAUUUUUUUAUGAGUCCAAAUUUACAAAGAAGUAUGACAAGCAUGGCAGGCUGCUGUGUAAUGACACAGAUUUAUGUGAUUGCCUGGAAAUCGACUGCCUGGGUUGCUUCUAUCCUUGCCCCAAAUGCAACUCAAACAAAUGUGGACCAGAAUGUCGCUGCAAUAGAAAAUGGGUUUAUGAUACGAUUGAAACUGAAGCUGGGGAUGUGAUCAGUGAGCUACCAUUUUUUGUCCCUGACUGAUAAUGUUCUGUUAGUUUUUGUGCCUGAACAUUGCUCUUUUUUCUUCAUGUUUUAUUAAAGUAAAUCACCACUUGGCA